UCGGCGUGCAAGUCUGCUCUCUUUGUGAUUGCCAGUGAUUUACGAUAAACAGCUGAGAAUGGAGUCGAAAGCCAUGGAGUCCGUGGCUAGCCAGUACCUGGCCUCCAUCAACGGCAUCGCGGCGCGGAUUGCCGCGGACGCCGCGACUACGGUGGCCUCGUUCGAGCAUCUCUGGCUCACCAUGGACGCCCCAGAGCGUGCAUCCACCCUCACGGACGCCCUCAUCGAGCCCGAGAUUGUGCUGAAGUACCUCCGAAUGGGAGCCCCGCCGUCGCCCGUGGAGCCCGAGCCUCCGCCCGAUGAGCACGGCGCCCCGUUUCGCUGGCACACGCGCAGCCAGCUGAAUCUGGCUGGCAGCGGCGCAGUGCCCUGCGGCGCUCUGCUGGGCGCCGCCCCACCCAUGAAGACUGCACGACCAAAGGUGGCCAAGCCUCGAGCGCCCCCGCCGCCGCCGCCCGCCCGGCCAGCCGCCAUCGUGGCCACGGAGCAGCACGACGACACGGAGGCGCUCGUGCCCGAAGAUGAGCCCCCCAGUCCGCCCACGGAGGAGAAAUCGCUCCUCGGCGAAUACUCAACUAACUAUGACUUCCUCAACAAUUGGUAGCAAUUCCCGUAAUCUCACUCGUCACAAUAAAGAUAUUUCUAGACA